GUCACGCAUCGGGAGACGGGCGAGGUGAUGGUCAUGAAGGAGCUGAUCCGCUUUGACGAGGAGACGCAGAGGACCUUCCUCAAAGAGGUGAAGGUGAUGCGCUGCCUGGAGCACCCCAAUGUGCUGAAGUUCAUCGGGGUGCUGUACAAGGAGAAGAGGCUCAACUUCAUCACAGAGUACAUCAAGGGAGGCACCUUGAGGGGCCUCAUCAAGAGCAUGGACAGCCACUACCCUUGGAGCCAGCGGGUCAGCUUUGCCAAGGACAUCGCCGCUGGCAUGGCCUACCUCCACUCCAUGAACAUCAUCCACCGUGACCUCAACUCUCACAACUGCCUCGUGCGGGAGAACAAGAGUGUGGUGGUGGCUGAUUUUGGGCUGGCACGUCUGAUGGUGGAUGAGAAGAACCAGCCCGAACAUCUCAAGAACCUGAAGAAACCAGACCGUAAGAAGCGGUACACCGUGGUGGGGAACCCCUACUGGAUGGCCCCUGAGAUGAUCAAUGGGAGGAGCUACGACGAGAAGGUGGACAUCUUCUCCUUUGGCAUCGUCCUGUGCGAGAUCAUCGGCCGGGUGAGCGCCGACCCCGACUACCUGCCCCGCACCACUGACUUCGGCCUCAACGUCAGGGGCUUCCUGGACCGCUACUGCCCCCCUGCCUGCCCCCCCAGCUUCUUCCCC